GGGCCGGGGCGGGCCGGGACCCGCUGCCCGCCCGCCCCGCAGAGCCGCGUCCCGCAGAGCCGCGCCGACCGCCUCGCAGCUACCGCAGCUCUCGCAGCUCUCUGCUCUGGCACAGGCUCUGUGCGCCGUAGGAGGAGUUUGUGGUCACCUCCCCCUCUGAGGCGCUGCGGCCAGAUUUCCCUGCCGAGGUACCCCCCCAGCUGCCAAGAUGUCCAGCAAACGUGCCAAAGCCAAGACCACCAAGAAGCGCCCCCAGCGCGCCACCUCCAAUGUCUUCGCUAUGUUCGACCAGUCGCAGAUCCAGGAGUUCAAGGAAGCCUUCAACAUGAUUGACCAGAACCGUGAUGGCUUCAUCGACAAGGAGGAUCUGCACGACAUGCUGGCGUCCCUCGGGAAGAACCCCACCGAUGAGUACCUGGAGGGGAUGAUGAGCGAGGCGCCGGGGCCCAUCAACUUCACCAUGUUCCUCACCAUGUUUGGGGAGAAGCUGAACGGCACUGACCCGGAGGAUGUGAUCCGCAACGCCUUUGCCUGCUUUGAUGAGGAGGCGUCAGGCUUCAUCCAUGAGGACCACCUGCGUGAACUGCUGACCACCAUGGGGGACCGGUUCACCGAUGAGGAGGUGGAUGAGAUGUACCGGGAAGCGCCCAUCGACAAGAAGGGCAACUUCAACUACGUGGAAUUCACCCGCAUCCUGAAGCAUGGGGCCAAGGACAAGGACGAUUAGAGCCCUGGGCCACUCACCCCUUCUGCCUCCUCCUGUGCACUUCCCCCACCCCUCGGCCACCCUUGUUGUCCCACAGCAGAUUCCCCCCACGGGAAACACCUUCCAGGACCAGCCCACAUCAGGACAAGCUUAGAGGGAACACACUCCUGUCACUGUGCCACUGUGUGCCCAUCCAUCAGCCUCAGCCCUCCCCUCCCAUCGCCUCUGCCACCCACAGGCUCACCCAACUGAGCCCCCCAGCCUGGCUGUGACACCUCCCCCCCCCAGCAGCCAUUGACCCCCUCAAAGCCACCAUGCCAUUGGUCCCUGGGGCCGGGGUGAGCAUCCCCCACUGGCCUGCAGGGAUUUGGGCUGGCUUGAGCCUGAGCGAUCCCCAUCUCAGGGCCAUAACACAGAGGGAAAGCAUCUCUCCCCUCUCCUCUCACACUCUCCUCCUUCAGGAAAGAAACCCUGCUUUGUUCCUCCUCCCUGGCUGUUUUAUUGCUUUAGAGCCUGAUAUCUGAGGGAUUCAGGAAGCUGAAGUGGUGUAUAAAGCCCGAUGGGUGUGAUAGAGAUGUGCUGUGUGUGGCUCCCUCAUGACCAGUGCCAUGCUGUGCUGCUGCCUGUCAGGUUUCGGAGGCUGGUUUGGGCACUACAUGUCCCCACCUUGCUACCAUUGUCAGCCAGGGCCCCUUCCAGUGGGACAGCCAGUUUGCAGAGACAAAUGGCUCCUAAUCUGUGUAAAAUCAGCUUGAGCAUUAUUUUCUGCCUUUGCUGGUGGGAUGAGAGUCACUCUGCUCAGCCCCAGCAUCGGGGUGGGCUGAAAGACACUUGGGAAAGUGCUGGCCAUGCUUCCCCCAUCAGCUUAUCCAGGGUCCUAGGGGCUUGGUCACCCUUCUGUGUCACCCUGAGAAGAUGGGGGGUGGGGGUGGGCAAGAGACAGAGAGGGUAAGAAAUGGGGAUGGGAUUUGUCCCCUUGAUUUGGUUAUUUAUCACCACCCUGACAAGGGUGCUUCUGCCUUCCAAAGUUUCUGUCUUAAAGUGCAUCUUUAAGUCCGCCCAUCUCCCUGGCCUGGAGGGAAGGAUGAGUUUCCUGCAAUUCUUUAUUUAAAAUGGGGGGAAAUGUGAUGAGAAACCCACAAAACUGGUGAGGGCACAAUGCAUGGCAGAGAGGCUCCCAGUGCUGAGAAAGCUUGGAUGAGGUCUGUGCAAGCUCUGUGGGCACAUGCUGCUGGGAUCAGAGGUGUCAGAAACCUGCCAGGCCCCAGGUAAUGCUCUCACCUGAGAGAUAACCCAUGACUGAAAAGCUUCUCCUUGGUCUCAGUCCUUCUAUUUUGAAGGCACUGCCAACACCAGGAAAAAGGAACUAAAUUGUCAGGGACACAGAGAUGUGAAGGGCUGAACCUGCACUCUCCCAGGGAGCUUCCCAGGGACAGGGCUCAUGUUCUGCAGCAGCAGCGCCAAACCAGCCUACAGAUGCCAAGCUCCUUGCCUAACUUCAUGCUGUACCAGGGAAAAAACACUUCCAGAGCAAAUUCCCAUGCUGCUGGGAGGAAGGAUGCUUUAUAAAAUCCUCCUUCCCUGAAAUGCAGAUGUCACUUUGGUGCAGGCAGGCUGAUGCUGGAGCUGUGGGCAGACUGUCUUCUGGGGGUAGCUGCAUAGAGGAGGUAUGUUCAACCCCACUGAUCCCAGGAGAUCACCUUGUGUGACCAGCCCAGGUUCUCGCAGUGCCGCGAGUGGGAUGGACACGGUGGCUGAUCCCAGCUGUGGGCACUGCCGGCCCCAGCUGGGAGCUACCACAGGGUCUAGCAUGGGGCUCUCAGAAGUGCUGCCUUGAGCAGCUGGCAAAACUGUUGGGUCUGAGCUGCCCUGUUGCUGGAACGGCCAUGGUGACACCACAGGACUCUCAGGAAAGGGUGUCCUUCAACCCUGAGGCAGCAAAGCAGAGGAAAUUUUUUAGUGGACACUGGGGUACAUAUGGGAAGAGUAAAUAAACCUGUUCCACUGGCA